AUGCAGAACAACAAAGACAAUAAUAAUAAUAGUGUAGUUAAAAGAGUAUGGAGUAAUAUAGUACUAAGAAGAUUGAUAUGUUCAAAGAUUGGAGAAUGUAUACCGGUAUCAGAAGAGAAUAGAAUCAAGUUAAAGGCAAAUCAACUUGAAAUGAUGCGACGGUACAAGAGAGACCCAGUCAGCUUUAUUGAUUUUGGUAAUUCGGCGUUCUACAGGUCUCCCUUUAUGACUGCUCGUAUGUUUGAGUACCAUUAUGACCACUAUCAUAGCAUAGGUGCACGGUUCGAUUACCGCGGCGCCAGACAGGAGAGAGUGCUUGAUGGUGUCGCUGGAAACCCUCGUAACAUGAUCGACACUUGGUUGUUUCGAAGGGCAUACGACCACUUGAAAAGAAGAGGUGUGAAACCCGAAGACAUGGCAUCGGUGGAGACGUGGCGGUACAUCGUCUCAACCAAUAAUGUCGAGUUGUACAACUAUGCAAAGUCGGUACUGCCAAUGCCCAAGGCAAGCGACUGCGCAUCGCUUCUGCCAAUUACCACCAAACCAGCCCUUGAUUUCUCAUACCACGUUGCUUAUAUUAUAAAGCCACUGGAUGGUACAGAGUUGCUGGCUGCGUUACUCGACGAUCUCUAUCACCUUGACCCGAAUGAGAAAUGGCUUGGGUGGAUUCAUUUUGGAGGGUUGGUGGCACGUGGGCGAGUCGAUGUUUUACAGACUAUCGAGACUCAUGCCGGCCCAUAUAUAUCACGUGAGAUAAAUGUCUUGCCAGUUGGAGAGAAGCGGUCAUACACCCAUUGCCAUAGUCAUCUCACCCAAGAGACCAUGCGGUCAGCCAUUCAAAACAAACAAAUUGAAGCGAUUCGAUUCCUAUACAAAGUCAGCAAGAUUCCAAUCGGACCACAGUCUCUUAUCGCUGUUGCUCGUACAUGUGACCUCCCCUUCCUCAUUGCGCUACACAAUAUCGAGCCUGAAGCUGGUCGUCUAUACACCCUCUUCCUCCAUGUCAUGAGUAGUGCAUUUUUUCAAGGUCCACUGUUACCUCCAACACAAUGGAAAGACUUUCAACAAGAGUUUUAUCAACUUGGCAAAAAACUCAACUACAUUGACACCAAUCUUCAACACCAAAUAGACACCAAACAACCAAUUAGAUACCGACCCAAAAAUAUUCAACAACAUUUUAAAAUAUUUGAAAGUAAUAAUACUGAUUUAUCUGUACCAUCUUUAUCAUUUUCAUUCAGUGAUGGAGAUUAA